AUGCUUUCUUUCACAGUUUUGCUGGCAGCUUCCGCCUUGACGAGCGUGACGCUUGCGAAGCCCAUCCCUGUCCCACAGGUCGAAACCAAGAAAGGUUUCACCCUUGUGCAGAGUGUUGCAAAGCCAUUCCAGGCUGGUCCUGUGCUUUUGCAAAAGACCUACCUCAAAUACAAUAGUCCCGUCCCCGCCGAUGUCAAAGCUGCCGCCGCGGAUGGCUCUGUCACUGCCACUCCGGAGCAAUACGAUGCCGAAUACCUUUGCCCUGUCAGCAUUGGAGGCCAAACAUUGAACCUCGACUUUGAUACUGGAUCCUCAGAUCUGUGGGUCUUCUCGUCCGAAUUGUCCAGCUCCGAGCGCUCUGGACACAGCAUCUACAAUCCGUCUCAGUCCUCGACGGCUAAGCAGCUUAGCGGAGCCACCUGGAAGAUCUCCUAUGGCGAUGGAUCGAGCGCGAGCGGCAAUGUCUACACUGACACUGUCGACGUUGGUGGCACCACUGUCACUGGACAAGCGGUUGAACUUGCCGAACAGAUCAGUUCACAGUUCGAGCAGGACACAGACAGCGACGGCCUGCUUGGUCUGGCAUUCAGCUCCAUUAACACCGUCACACCCCAGCAGCAAACCACCUUCUUCCAGACUGCCAUCAACGAAGGAGUUCUUGAGCAAAAUGUCUUCACGGCGGACUUGAAGAAGGGCGCCCCUGGUUCGUACGACUUUGGCUUCAUUGAUAGCAGCAAAUACACGGGCGACAUCACCUACACACCAGUGGACAACUCGAAUGGUUUCUGGGAGAUCACCGGUACCGGCUACCAGGUCGGCAAUGGGAAAUUCCAGUCGGCAAGCAUUGAUGCCAUCGCUGACACUGGCACCACCCUCCUUCUUAUGGAUGAUGACAUUGUUUCCGCCUACUACGACCAGGUUGACGGUGCCGAGUACGACAACUCCCAGGGCGGUUACACUUUCGACUGUUCUGCUGAUCUACCCGACUUCGCUGUCGGUAUCGGCAGCUAUCACGCUGUCAUUCCAGGGUCGUUCAUGAACUACUCCCCUGUUUCCGACGGUUCUUCCACUUGUUUCGGUGGGCUUCAGAGCAACGAGGGCAUCGGCCAGUCUAUUUAUGGUGAUAUUUUCCUCAAGGCCGUGUUCGCUGUGUUUGAUAACGACAACCUGCAAUUUGGCGUUGCGGCGAAGGACCUCUCAAGUUGA